AUGUCCGAACCUAGUAUCAAACUAAGAACGGCGAAGGACUCUUUAGUUUCCUCUCUAUUCGAGCUAUCAAAAGCUGCUAACCAAACUGCAUCAUGUUUAGUUGACUUCUACCAUUCGAUCGGCGAUGAUGAAGAAGAAAGAAUCGAGGCCUUUACUAUUUUGACAGAGGCGUUACAGAAGUUAACUUCUUCUACGAAUCAAUUGAAUUCCAUUAGUACUGAGCUAACAAACCCUAUUGAAGAUGAGAAGGAAAUUCCCACCACUGACGCAGCUGCAAAGGUUGUCAAGAAGAAGAUUCCACGUGAUCCUUAUGCUCCAAAGAAACCGCUUACCGUCUUCUUUGCAUAUUCUGCGUAUGUUCGUCAAGCUUUGCGUGAUGAAAGACAAAGAGCUGGUCUCCCACCAUUGUCUUCGACUGAAAUCACUCAAGAAAUUUCAAAGAAGUGGAAAGACUUAGGAGACUCUGAGAAAGACAAAUGGAAACAAGCGUACAACGCAGAACUAGAAAAUUAUCAAAGGGAAAAACAAAAAUACUUGGAAGCUAAGAAAAAUGGUACCUUAACAUUAAAUGAAGGUCCAAAUUCUGCCCCUGUUCCACUUCCUGAUUACUUGCAAUCUGCCGAAGAUUUCGGCUUGCCCCAUAUUGAAAAAAGACCAUAUGAUGAAGAUGCUUCCAGUGAAAAGAAAAAGAAGAAAAAGAAGAAGGAUAAGGGAAAAGACAAAUCUAAGGACUAA